AAAAGAUUAAAGACCUCAGAUCAAGUUGAAGAUGAACAUCAUCAACCUGGAGUAGAUCCAGAAGAUCAUGAUCAUGAUGAACUCUCUUCCGGGGCUGCUUGGCGCGCGAAGUACAACCUGCCGACCAGCAAAAGCCUGAAGGCGCUGCGACGCUUAAGCACCGCCGACAUCCCGGAGGACAUGCAGGCGAGG